GCAAACUCGAAUUUUUCCUGAUAUGCGCUCAAUCGCUCUCGGCUACCGCGCUCCUACUUGGAGUGAUUUCGCGUGGAACGCGGUCAAUUCUGGAUGUGCCUCAGCAGUGUGUGCCAGCGUCGCGAAGUGGGACCAGUGUGCCUCCGCAGUUCUAUAAUGGCCUCAAAUGGGCAGCGUGAAAAAUUUUCGACAGCACUUGCUGGCACAAGAUGGGGGGCCUUGGCGCUAACCCGCGUCCAGUUUGUUCGCAGAAAAUGCCGGAAAAAGUGUCGUGUUUGAAAUACAAUGUGAGCAAAGAUGCAUUCGAUGUUAGUGAAAAUUUCGGCUAAACGUUUUCUACGGAAUAUUGAAGAGAAUCUUCGACAGCAGAAGAAGCGGAGCACUACGAUGGCAGCCAUAUGUGCAUGAUCAUUGAACUCACGCCAACAUGAACUCUGUGGAUGCGAUGGAUCUGAUCGAAGACGAUAAUAUCACCGGAGCAUCAGACGAUGACGAUGAUGGAGAUCCUAGUAGUCCUGGCAGUGCGUACGACGAUGGAACCAACCUGAUCAAUGUGGCCAUGGAAAAUGAAGUCACGGCCCAGCUGGUCGCAGCAGGCGUCGUCGGAGUGGCAGCAGCCGCAGCAAUCACAUCUUCCAAGAAGAAGAAACGCCCCCAUUCGUUCGAAACGAACCCUUCCAUUAGAAAGCGACAGCAAAAUCGGUUACUACGGAAACUAAGGCAAACCAUCUUCGAGUAUGCAACUCGCGUCGGACAACAGGCAGUCGUACUGGUGGCGACACCCGGCAAACCAAACAAUAUCUUCAAAGUGUUCGGAGCCAAGCCUCUGGAAGAUGUGCUGAAAAAUCUCCGACCCAAUGUGAUGGACAAGCUGGACGAAGCACUUGCGGCACAAGCACCUCCACGAGUACAGGACGAUCCCUCGCUGUUCGAACUGCCACCGCUGAUCAUCGACGGUAUACCCACGCCUGUGGAAAAAAUGACACAAGCACAGCUGCGAGCAUUUAUUCCACUCAUGCUAAAAUAUUCCACCGGCCGCGGAAAACCUGGCUGGGGAAGGGAUUCAACACGACCAGCCUGGUGGCCGAAGGAACUCCCCUGGGCCAACGUCAGAAUGGAUGCCCGCACAGAAGAUGAAAAGCAGAAGAUUAGUUGGACGCACGCUCUCCGGAAGAUUGUGAUCAACUGCUACAAAUAUCACGGUCGGGAAGACCUACUUCCCGCGUUUACGGAGGAGGACGAGAAGGCAAACGCUAUCGCGACAGCAAAUUCAAACGUCGAGCAGAUUAAGAUUCAGAGCACAAAUCUUAUAACAACGACCAGUGGAAGCAAUUCCAUCGCGAGCAGUAGUGCUACCAACCAGCAGCAGAUCGUAAUUCAGCACCAGUCAAGCAACGGUACGACGAUAUCGUCCAACGUUCCCCAGACACAGAUCAUCAAGGAGAUCUCGGAUGGCACGAUCCAAAUCCAGCAGCAGCCCUCACCAACGCAGACCCUGAACGCACAGGUUUGCCUCGACUCGAUGGCGCUAAGCGAUGUGGAUUACACGCACACAGUGCUGCAAACGAUCCAAAAUGCGGAUGGGACGGUUUCCAUUAUCCAGGUUGAUCCAAACAAUCCGAUCAUCACACUUCCAGAUGGAACUACCGCACAAGUACAAGGAAUCGCAACGCUGCAAUCCCAAAACGACAAUGGCGUUCAUACGAUUCAAACCAUUUCCGAUGGACAGGGUGAGAGCAUGUCGGUUGACUUGACGGAAGCAACUCUAGGUCAGGACGGGCAAUUGAUUAUCACCGGCGAGGAUGGUCAAGAAUAUUCUUACUCAGGCUUCCCGGUGAAUGUGAGUGGGAUGAUUACCGUACCUGUGUCCGCCCAGAUGUACCAGACGAUGGUGGCGAACAUCCAGCAGUUACCAAACGGGGAUGGAACCGUGUGUAUAACCCCGAUGCAGGUACAUAACCAGACGCCAACAGUGAAUCUAAACAGUAGAACGACGACGAUACCCACACAGAACGUGACCGUUUCCACAAACAGUAGCAACAGCAAUGCCAGUAAUGCCAGCACCAACCUUUACAGUAGUAGCUUCACUUUGAACAAUUUAAAGAGGCCGCGAAGUGUACAAAAUAUUGCUAACGCCAGCGUAGCUAACUUUAGCAGUUUAAACAGCCAACGAAACAAUAUCAAUGAGCAGAUUUUGAACCAACUUCUAGCAAACCAAAGCAAGAAACUCAAUGUGAUAGCAAACAAUAAUAAUAGUAAUAAUACCAACAAUAACACAGUCAAGAUAAGUCUCUCGAAGGAUGUAAUCGAUGUCGAUAAAUCGUGCCAAAAAUCCACUAUACCUCAAGGCAUCGUCAUUCAAUUAAAUAGUAAUAUCCUUAACGCCAAAGAUCUUCUCAAUGACAACCUUUCAGCGGCCAUUGAAAAGCAGGUUCAGCUGGUCAAGCGAGAACUCGAAGAGGCUCAACUAAACAAUAACAGCUCAAACAGCACAGCACAUUCAACUCCUUCGCAUAGUCCCGCCGACGACUCGGACGAGAAGGAUGUGCUUUAGGAAGAGCGUCGUCAUUCGCUCGUAAUUGUAUUCAAACACCACCACCGGCCAUUGCUCGCUGUUGUUUCACUGUUUAUUCAGACCUGACCACCGUAUUUCACCAACGUUGUUUAUUGACUUAGAAAAUUCAGUUUUACGGACAUGAUUUUAUUAUGACUUUCAGUUGUUGCUUUUGUUCGUAGAGUUGCACAUUUGUUUCGAUUUUAUUUGGGGGUCAAAAUUAUGCUCCGGUUUCGACUAAAAUGAUCCAAGGGCUUUUUUGUGAGUUAUUAAAUUUUCAAAUAUUCAGCUUAAAACUGGAAUUGUGACAAUUUCUCGCAAUUUUCUGUGACACUUCACAGAGAGUCGUGAAUUUUAUAUCAUGCAGUCUGGUGUUUUUUUUUUUAUUCGUUCCCCAUCCGGAAUACGUAUUCGUGUUCUCGAAGAGACACCGCAAGCAAAAAAAAAACCGGAACGCAAUCGGAAAUGACCAUGGGACCUCACAACGAUAGUAUUUUUGGAACCGGUUCAACCAGCGAUCUUAGAGGUCAUUUUGGAAUCCAAAAUACUCACUUCCGGUUAGCGAAAAGAACCAGAAAUGAUCGGGAAACGAUAAUGUUUUCGGAAUCGGUUCGAUCAGCGAUAUUUGAGGUCGUUUUAGACUCCAAAAUGGCCACUUCCGGUUAACUGAAAAACGGAAGUCAACCGGAAACGACCAUGUGAUUUCACAACGGUAGUAUUUUCGGAAUCGGUUUGACAGGCAAUUUUUGAGGUCAUUUUGGAUUCCAGAUCCUGUUAGUUUAAGAAUACCGGAAAUAAACCGAAAAUGACUAUGAGACCACACAGCAACAGUAUUUUUGGAAUCGGUUAGACCAGCUAAAAAGCUAAAAAACCGGAAAAGAUCAUAUGACCUAACAACGAUAAUAGUUUUGGAAUCGGUUUCAACUUUCAACUUUCGGUCAGUGAAAGAAUACCGGAAAUCAACCGAAAAUGACUAUGUGACCUCCCAACGAUAAUAUUUUCAGGUUAUAGGUUAGCUUAAUAUAAUAUUAACGUUUGCAUUAAAAAAUGAACUUUAUCGGAUGGUGAUCAAAAAAACUAAGACAGAUAAUUGAGUUUGAUAAAUUUCCCAUGGAAGGUAAUUAUAUUAGCUUACUUGCAAAAAAAAAUUCCACGACCUUGCGAGCGACCUUCCGGAAGUUAACCGGAACAUUCGCCAUUGCGAACGAAAACAUACGUUUGGCAUGUUUUUGAGUUCUUUCUUCGUUUUAUUUAUCCAUUCCUUCUCAGUUCUCGUGACAAAACUGUUGAAGUAGAUCUUACGCUUCAGGUUUGCCCAGAAAUUCUCGAUGGCCAGCUAGGAGACGUUGGGUGGGUUCACCGACUUGGGUACCACAUCGAUAUUCAGUCGCUCCAUCUCCACUAGCGAUCGCUUCGAGUAGUGGGCCGACGCCAGAUCCGGUCAGAACACCGCGUCUUCGCUCUUAUGGUAUUUCUUGAUGAACGACGCAACUUCCGGCGGGCACUUCGUACUAUAAAUUUCCCCGUUCACGGGCAGUCCGGAGGUGAAGAAGAGCGGCUUUGACAUCCCUUUCUCGCUGAUUGUCAGUCACAGCAGCACCUUCUUGGGGAACUUGAUGUGUGAAAUAAACUUCACUUCGAAGCUCACUUUCUUCGUAGGGGAAGUAAAAUACGAAGUGCUCUGCCGGUCGCUGUCAUCCAGGGUGAGAUAGGUCUCGUCGUCCAUCACCACCGACACGUCGCGAUUCGCCGGGAAAAUCGACUUGACCAUCUUGUUCAGCCGCUGUCACCGCGUCAUUGCGUGCAGCUCCGAGACCAGUGGACGGAAUUUCCGCUUCCUGACGUGUAUGUCAAUGUUCACCAGCUACUUUUUCACUGUUUGGCCGGUUGCCCCGAUCUCCCUGCCAAGCGCACGCAGCGAUGAAGCCAUUUUCCCUUGAUCUUCCCCUCCAGCAUCCUUUGCAGCUUCUUGUCGCUCAGGGUCGUCAGCCGUCCGGAACCGGGCCUUCUUUCGAUGCUCUGAUUGUUGUCCAAUAGUGCCAAGAUAUUGUAGAUGCCAGAACAGGCGUAUCCGGCGUCCACAGAGUACCGCACUAUGUCCGUUUUCGACACGACGGAUUACCUUUAUUUGAACGCGCACACUUCUGAACGGAGUAGCUUCACUGUUUUCGCCAUCACGGUUAGAGUUCGACUGAUAGAGCUGUCAAUUUUUUUCUGCUGGCUCAUGGGUUACUAUGAUUGAUGCUGCAUGGAUAGUUUCUUAGUGCGUGUGAAAAAUCGGCAAUUUUGGUCCAUUUUUUUAAUGCAAUAAAUUUCCCCCCGGUAAUCCAUGAUACCGUUCGUGAUUCAAUAAAUGCUGAAAAAUAGUGCGAAACCUUAGAGCUAAUGAUAAUAAUGAUAAAGUGAUAAACAUAGUCGGACCUUUUUUAAAAGAGGCCACCUUCGGCAACGUUAAACAGCUCUAGACUUGCUACGAAAAUCUCACAUAUCUUUCCCUUCAUUAAUGGCACUAAACUCGAAACUCGUCGUCCCAACGCACUAAUGUAAAUAACAUGCCUCGAAUGUAGUGGCAUACUCUACAAUACGCAGUGCAAGUUCGAUGAAAAUUCGAAAAAUCUUCCGGUCAGAACAGGAAUCGAACCGCCGGCAUAAAAUGUCACAGACCUUUUCAGCUCCUUCAACCAUCUGUCUCACACUCGAACCAUCAAAAUCGCUAGACGCUAUAGUCCAGCGGUACUCAACCUUUUUUUUCAUGGGGGUCACGAGCACGUGCUAUUCAAAAUAAAUAAAAAAGGUGGUGUCUAAGACACGGCCGCAUUGUUAACGUAGGAAUACGAAAUUGAAUCCGGCGAUGAUUCAAGAAUGAAAUUUUUUAGUACAAAUAUUUGAUAGCACUAACAACGGUCGAUGAACGAAUGCUUUCACUGUGUGAGGGGCACGAACGUUUCGCGAAGCAAUCAAACACCAAUUUGAGCGACAUUGCAACACUGAACUCUUUGAAUAUUUAAGUAGUUUUUUCACUAUCUCUUAGCAAAAUUACAUUUAAAACGCUCCCAAAAACAGUCAUAAUGGCAACAGAAAAUUCGAAACGGAUUGGGUGUGUGGUGGGGUGGUGGCGUCGACAACAACCGCAGUGGAACAAAUUUUCACCUUCAGUUUUGCACCGAAGAACGCAGCUCUCGUCGCUGACAAAUAGCUUCUUCACAUCAGGCUUGAAACACUUACUGUUACUGCAGAGCGAACGCGCGAUUUCACAACUGCAUUAAUCGUGUGAACGUUAAUUCUAUAUUUGAAAAAAAGAAACGAUCAUAGCCAUAGCUGUGGAAUGACCAACUUGGUAGCGUUUCUCUCAUAAACCAGAGCAAUUGAGAUAACACUGAAAUUUUAAUACCCGGACAUACAGAGCUUCAAUUCAAUCGGAACGUGACCGAAGCCGAGCUCAACAAAAGCAAUGGAACAACCGUUGGAAAUCUCACCUUUUUCGAUAUAUAACACCACAACUGAAGAGGGAAUAAAAGUCUAGUCGGCUGAGAUGCCUUUAUUACUAAACUUUAUUACUUAAACUUUCGUAUCGUACUAUAGCGUGUUUUACACGACUGUUUAUUUAUUGUCAGGAGGAACUGAGGAUUCAGUUUGUUUCUAGAAUUUAUAAGUAUUGGUUGUCGACAGGACAAACUAAUCGUGCAAUCAAUGUGAGAAUCAUAAAUGGUUACUCGCUGAGUAUAAAUUUAGUUUUGAAUCUAUGUAAGCUACAUACCAUUUUUCUUAGUAUACAAAUCAAUUGUGUAAUAGGGAAGAACGUUUAUACUAAUUACUUAAACCGUAAUUAAUGCAAUCAAAGAUAGUCCAAAUUUAGUCAUCUUUAUUUUGGUAUAGUUAUUGAUUAAGCUAAGUUUUACUUUAUGUUUGAGUUCGUGCCAUCCUUUAGAAUGUGUGUGUGUGUGUGGUUUGCAUUAUUUAUUGAUGUCCAUCUGUUUUUUUCGAGUGUUUUAAACAGUCCUCUAUUAUUUAUAAGUUGUUAGCCUAUAAUGAGAGCGUUUAUUUAUAAUGAAAUAAAGAGUCAUCCUUUUUUUAAUUACUUCAGUUCCAUUCUUCAUUUGUUCGUUUAUUGUUUCAACACAAAUUGACGAAGGACAAAUGGCUUCGAAACUGUGAACAACGCCUAAUUGCUAUCCUCUCAU